AGACCGUGCUCAUCACCGCACAUUAAUGCUUCCCCUCUCCUCGACUUAAAGAUUGAUAGAAGUGACGUUCAGUUAAUUGCAAAAUUUUGAACCGACGUCCAAAAAAUCUGCCUGCCUCACGCAACGGUUCGCCGUCGUCUGCGGCAGCGCAAAAUUCUCCUUUCACUGCAAAUAUUUGGACGCAGCCUUCAAAUUACUUCCUUUAUCAGCAGUAGUCUCUCUCCGCCGCCCUCAACGGCCAUUUCUAUCUCAUUUUUCCUGUGGAGUAUUUGUCGCAUUCAGAGUGUAAAAAUGAUUGGAUCUCUUCUCACUAGAGGACUUGUAAUGGUUCUUGGAUAUGCUUACCCUGCAUAUGAAUGCUAUAAAUCUGUGGAGCUGAAUAAGCCUGAUAUCAACCAACUUCGCUUUUGGUGCCAGUACUGGGUCUUAGUGGCGGGCUUGACAAUAUUUGAAAGAAUCGGUGAUACAUUUAUUGGCUGGGUUCCAAUGUAUGGUGAGGCUAAGUUAGCCUUCUUUAUAUAUCUGUGGUAUCCUAAAACUAAGGGAACAACAUAUGUGUAUGGCUCAUUCUUUAGGCCUUAUAUUGAAAAACAUGAGACAGAAAUUGAUCGUAAUUUGUUAGAACUGAAGACAAGAGCUGGGGACUUGGCAUUUAUAUACUGGCAAAAGACUGCAAGUUAUGCCCAGACCAGAGUUUUUGAUAUUUUGCAGUUUGUUGCUGCGCAAUCAACCCCCAAACGAUCAGCUCAGCCUAUACAGCAAGAAGCCAAAGUCCGGAAACCCAGUACACCAUCAGCUCAUGGAGCAGAUGUCACGACACAACCCCAAGACGAACAGCCCUUUUCUCCGGCUUCUUCUUCAUCUUCAAGCGAGCAAGAAGAGGAUGCAGCAGAUGUAGCAGAAUCUUCGGGUGAACCAAAAGCAGCUCCUGCUCCAGUGGUCUUGAAAGAACAAAAAACAACACUGAGUCAAGCUCUUGUGACGUCGAGUUCUUCUAUAGAACAGGUAAUGCAGAUUGAUUCUGUGAAUGAUACCACACCAACUAUACAAGAGACUGCUGUUACAGAAGAAGCCUUACGAUUGACGCGAACAAAGUAUAGGAAAACACGUGCUGCAACAUCAAAUCGCUAAGCAUUGUAGACUGCAUGCUUUUAGGCGUUGAUGCUAAUGCACUAUAUUAUAUUCACUAGGUAAUUUUUUUCUUCUUCAUUUUCUACUUGCUAGAGUUGUAUUACUAACAUUUUGCUGAUUAGUAUAUGAUGAUAAGUCUUUCUCUUAA